AUGCCUUCCGCUUUGAACCAGUCCGGCGGCAGCCCACUGUCUCUUAAGGUCAUUGGCCACAAUGCGGGAACGUCCAUGGACGGGGUCGACCUCGUUUAUGUCCAUUUCACUCAGGAUAGCCCAACAACGCCAUUGAAGAUGCAGCUCCUGCACUAUGAAGAAUACCCGAUGCCUAAAAAACUUAAGGCAAGAGUCAUGAGACUCAUCAAGGAGAACACUACGACGCCCGAGGAAUUGGCAAUCGUCAAUAUUCAGCUGGGUGAGGUCAUUAGCGACGCCGUCAAUUGGUUUGCGCAGAAGAACAAUCUCAACAUGACAACAGAUGUCGACUUGAUCGGUGGUCAGGGCCAGACUAUCUGGCACCUACCGCUGCCGGAGCUCUUCGAGGGUAACCAAAGCCGGGCACAUCUCGACAUGGCUGAAAUUGCCAUCAUAGCCGCUAGCACUGGGGUCACCUCGCUUGGCAACUUUCGGGUGUCGGAAAUGGCUCUUGGCCGGCAAGGCUGCCCACUUUUCGCGGCUCUCGAUUCCCUCCUACUGAGCCACCCGACGCUUAACCGCGCCGUGCAGAACAUCGGUGGUAUCGCAAACUUUUCAAUCUUACCCCGAGGCGCUGUUGAAGAGUGUUACGACUUCGAUACAGGACCUGGCAACGUCUUUAUCGAUGCAGCCGUGCGGUACUUUACCAAUAGUCAACAGGAAUAUGACAAGGAUGGUGCAAUGGGCCAGAAGGGCAAGGUUGACCAGUCUGUUGUCGAUAAAGUGCUCCAGGGGCCAUACUUCGUGCACGAUAUACCGAAGACUACUGGCCGAGAGACAUUCGGGGAUCGGAUGGCGGAAGAUAUCUGCGACGAGAUGCUGAAACGUUAG